AUGGAUGCGAAAGUGAAAUCCAUGAUCAAGCUGAUCGAGGAAGAUGCUGAUGCUGACUCGUUUGCAAGGCGGGCCGAGAUGUACUACAAGCAGAGGCCUGAACUGAUGAGGCUCGUGGAGGAAUUCUACCGUGCGUACCGCGCCCUGGCUGAGCGCUACAACCACGCUACCGGCGAGCUCCGCCAUGCCCACCGAGCCAUUGCCCGCGCCUUCCCCGACCAUCUCCCACCCCCUGACCUUGCUGACAACUUCUCCCCUUCCCGACCUCCCGAGCGGGACCCACGCACCCCCGAUGCCAAAUUUCCCGUCCGGGCUCUUUUCCAAAACGAUGACAACGACCUAGCUACUGAUAUUUUUCCCGAAUCACCGAAUGAGAGCCGAAGCCUCGUGGAAAUUCUUGCUCGCCAGGCAGAACAGGCCACAAAAGCCGAGCAGGAAGCUCGAGACCUGAAGAAGGCACUUUCCAACACGAAGGCUGAGAAGGAGGAUGUGCUCGUGAAGUACCGGGAGUGUACGGAGAAGCUUUGGAGUAUGGAGGUCGAUCUUGAUAACGCAGAGAAAAAUGCAAAGAGGCUGGACGAGAAAGCUGGCCGAGCCGAAAUAGAACUUCAGACUUUAAAGGAAGCGCUUGUGCAGUUUGAGGUCGAGAAGAAUGCGGGAUUUAUCAAACACGAGCAGUUACUGCACAAGAUAGCUGAUUUGGAGGAAGCGCUUUCUCACACGGAAAAGGAUAGAAAGGGACUUGAUAUGAGAGCAGUAGAAGCGGAAUGUAAAGCUCAGGCUCUUAAGGAUGAUAUUUCAAAACUGGAGGUCGAGAAAGAAGCUGUUUUUAGAAAGUAUGAAGCGUGUAUAGGGAAAAUAUCUGCUCUCGAGGAUAUUGUUUCCAUUACUGAGAACAAAGAGAGACUACUUCGGGAGAAAGCAGAAACAGCCGAAAAUGAAGUUGCUGCGCUUAAGAGGGCUCUUGCUGAUCUGAACAAUGAGAGAGAUGCUUCGGCUUUACAGUACGAAUGCUGCCUCGACACAAUAUUCAAACUUGAGAAGGAGUUAUCGUGCGCAAAAGAGGUCAUUGAGCAACUUAAUCGCGACGUGUCAGUUAGAAACGCGAAACUCGAGAAGGCUGAAGAGAAUUGUAAGUUCUUAGAGAGGUCGAAUUUGUCCCUGAAAACCGAGGCAGAGAAUCUGGCAAAAAGUAUAGCUACAAAAGAUCAGGAGCUCUUUAAAAAGCAAGUGGAGUUGGAGAAUUUAACGACACGUUUGAGAGAUGAGAAUUUUCGUUGCGCAGAAAUCGAGGUCACUUUACAGAGUCUGCAGAAUUUGCACGCUCGGUCUCAAGACGAUCAAAAGACCUUAAAGGUGGAUCUCGACAAUGUGCUACAGACACUGAAAGACGUGGAAGCAAAUAAAGGUUUCCUUGAAGAGGAGGUUCAGCACAUUCGUGGUGAAAAUCGGAGUCUGACCGAAAAAAAUGUGUGUUUUGCUGUUUCUGUGGAGAAUAUGAAAAAUGAUAUUCUUGGGCUAAGGGAGAUCAAGGAGAGACUUGAAAAAGAAGUCUCGGACCACAUUGAUAUAAGUUAUUCUCUUCAGAAGGAGAUUAUGAGCUUGAAAGAGGAACUAAAGAGGUUGAAUGGAAGCUACCAGGCUAUAAUCGAGCAAGUGGAGGUGGCUGGUUUGAACCCAAACUGUUUUGGGACUUCAAUUAAGAGCUUGAAAGAUGAGAACUCAAAUCUGAGACAAAUAAGUGAAAUGGGAGCCAACGAGAAUGCAAUUCUCUUGAAAAAGCUUGAAAGCAUGCAAGGAAUUUUGACUGAAAAGUUUAUUUCUGAAGAUUACAUGCUGGAUAUGAAAACUGAGCUGGAAAGCUCACAGCAGAUGGCAAAAUCAUUGCAAGAAUCUUGUCAGUCAUUAGAGGGAGAAAAGGCCACACUUGUUGCUGAGAAAGCUACCAUUAUAUCUCAGCUGGAGACCAUAACCGAGACCAUGCACAAGCUCUUGGAGAAAAAUGCCAUUAUUGAGAAUUCUCUAUCGGCUGCAAAAGUCGAACUGGAAGGUCUGAGGGAAAAAUCAAAAGGGCUCGAGGAAAUAUGUGAACUGCUCAAGAACGAGCGGUCUUUUCUUUUGAAAGAACGAGGUACAUUAGCUUCUAAGCUGGAUACGGUCGAGAGAAGACUGAAAGCCAUGGAAAAAAGGUAUAACGGUCUUGAGAAAAAAUGUGUAGACUUAGAGAAGGAGAAAUACGCCCUCCACUGUCAGGUUGAGGAGCUCAAGGCUUCCAUGAACUUCGAAAAGCAAGAAUGGACGAGCUCCAAAAUACAAAGCGAGACCAAAUUGGCCAGGCUAAAGGACAAGAUUCAUUUAUUGCAAGAAGAAAACAGCAGGAAGAAGAAGGAAUUUGAAGAUGAACUCGAAAAAUCUCUAAAAGCUCAGUUUGAGAUAUCCACCUUGCAAAAAAUCAUCAAAGAUAUGGAAGAAAAAAAUUGCUCGCUUGUAAUUGAGUGCCAGAAACACGUUGAGGCAUCGAAAUUGGCCGAGAAAGUAAUAUCAGAGCUCGAAAGGGAGAGUCUUGAGCAGCAGGUCGAGUCUGAAAUACUAUUAGAUGAAAUUGGACAAUUGAGGUUGAGCAUGUACGAGAUUUUUAGAGUCCUCGAGACCACCCCAACUUGCAAGGGCGAGAUUGACAAUGAACGAGCUCUUGUGCACCAUAUCUUGGAAUAUAUUGAGGAUUUGAAAUCUUCUGUUAUUGGACACGAAGAUGAUAAGGAACUGCUACUCGUUGAGAACUCGGUUCUUUUAACUCUACUCAAGCAGUUAGAGUCAAAGGGGGUGGAAAUCGAGUCUCAGAAGGUUUUAUUGGAAAAGGAGAUCAAAACAAUGGUGGGGAAUCUUGAAAUGGUGAAAAUUGAGAAAGACAAAAUUUUGGAUUUGAACAGGAAACUCAUAUCAGAUGCAAAUGAGAGCAAUUGGCAUGCAGCUGCACUUGAGGCAGAGAAUGGUAAUCUUCAUAAGCAGCAAGUCGAUUUGCAUAAAGAUUACGCUUUACUGAAGGAAGAUUACUUGCGAGUGAAUCAGGAUAACAAAGACUUAUUGAAAAGGUAUUGUGAUCUCAAGGAAGAGAAAAUUUGGUUAGAACAACAUAAUGGCACUCUUCUGAUCGAAUAUUUGGCAACCAGUAUUGAGUCGGCCUUUUUGAGUAGUUUUGGAAGAGAAAAAAUUUCCGAAACAAAUUUACUUCUCCAGGAUUUGAACAGACAGCUUGAGAUCAAUAGAAGGCUUGAACAGGGAAUGAGCUUAACGACAGAGAAGGUCGAUUAUCAAGUGACAGAAAAUUUGGUCCUGAAAGAUUGUAUCGACAACUUGGAAAGGGAAAUGCAAAGAAUGAGAGAAUAUAACGCAUUGAUGGAAAAGGAUCAGGUGAGCGUAAAAAAAAGUUUACUUCAAAUGGAACAGAAACUUUUGGACUCUGAAGUUAAGCUCGAAGCUGCUGAAAACUUGAACUUAAUGUUGUUCGCAACAAUUGAUGAGCUCGAAAAUGAUGUUCAUUCAUCCAUGCAGAUAAAACAGAAACUGGAAAAAAAUAUGCUAGAGCAGUCUCAAUAUAAUUCCAUUCAGAAAAUUGAAAUCGAAAGCCUUCGUAUGGUUCAAACGAACUUGGAGAGUGAACUCACUCAGCUCCGUGAUGAAAUCGGAGAAUAUAUAAUCAGGGAGCAAAUUUUAAGUUCAGAGCUUCAAGAGAGGAACAACGAGUUUGAGUUAUGGGAGGCUAAGGCCUCAGGGUUUUAUUCCGAUCUUCAAGUGUUGUCCAUUCAUGAAAUUCUGCUUAAGAAUAAGUUGCGGGAGCUUGCUGGUUUGUAUCAGAUUCUCGAGAACGAAAAUACUUCAAAGAUGUCCGUGAUUCUGGAGAUGAAAGGGAAAAUUUGUUCGAUGAAAAAGGAGAUUACUGAGCUGAAAUCUCAGCUGCAUGCAUAUGCUCCAGCUGUUGCUGCCCUUAGAAAUGAUGUCACAUUGCUCGAGAACAAUGCAUGCCUUCAGACAAAGGUUAAGUCGUCCCAUAAUCAUGAGCCACAGGAGCAUUUCGAAGAUGCUACCAACCCUUGUAAAAGCACUUCCGAAACACCUCCAGUGGACGAUUCCCUCGCCAGCCUUCAAAACCUGCACACUAAAAUCAAAGCAAUCUCGAUGAGAAUAGAGCAAAUGAACAAGCCCAUGCUGCGUAGAAGGUUGAGCUCACGGAAAAACAGGGAAAAACAAUCAUCCACGGAUGAGACCGAGACUCCCCCGUCCAGGCCCGUCCGCUGCUUGGGCCGGGACCGGUCCAACCUGCACAAGGCCCACAAGGUCAAGACAACAAAACCCACUAUGAAAGACAUUCCCCUCGACCGGACCUCCAGCAGCCCACGCAAGCAGGCCCACAGCCGAGCAGAAGACAAGAUGCUCGGGCUCUGGGAAAACCCUGACCUCACAAUAUCGUACAAUAUGACAGAAAAGGACAUAGUUUUGGAGCAUCUCGACAGCUCAAACUAUAAUAGUAAUUACAAGUUCGAACUGCCCUCGACUGAGUCUGACAUGGAGAAGAAGCCGAGAGUUGACAUGCUGGAAUUCCCAAGAAAGAGCACGGACAACGAGAGGAGGAUCCUGGAGAGGCUGUCAUCGGACGAGGUCCGGCUGGAUAACCUCCGGACAACUGUGGGUAUUCUGAGGGCGAAAUUGGAAGAGACAGGAAAAAAGUGGCGGAAGUCGAAGAACGUGGAUCUGGAGGCGGUGAGAGAGCAGCUGGUGGAGGCGGAGGACACGGUGGAGUACCUGUGGGAGGUGAACGGGCAGCUCGUGAGGAAUAUCGAGAGCUGUCCCUCGCCAGACAGGAAAUCCUCACCAAAAGCUCAGGAGGCCGUGAGGAUGAGGCGCAGGAAAGUGGGUGAGCAGGCAAAAAGGGUGUCCGAGAGGAUCGGUAGGCUGCAGCUGGAGCUACAGAAGAUCCAGUACGUAUUGCUGAGGAUGGAGGAGGAGAAGAAGAGGAAAAGUGGCAAGGGAAGGGGGGUAUUUUUCAGGAGCAAGAGUGUUGUGCUGAGGGAUCUUAUAGGGAGGAGGAAGAAGGACCCGGUGUGCGCGUGCUUUAGGCCGUCGGGCAGCGGGAAUGGGUCCAGUAUUGGGAGUGGGGGUAGUUGA